AUGAUACAGGUUAAUAAUUAUAUCAAUUUGCUCUAUUAUAUGGGCAUCCUUUUAUCAGUCCUUGGUGCUAUUGAGUUGUUUAAAUAUAGUACUCGAUUAAACUAUGAAUACUUUCAUUGCACUACUAUUAGUGAACCUGUUGCAGAAGCUACAUCUAUGAACAUGAUAUAUGCCGUGGGAAGUUCCUCUUGUGAUAAAAGGGGAGAGAUUAAAACUAUAUUGAGGAAAAUUACUCGUGAUUAUGACCCCAACUUACAGCCUGCUUCGUUUUGUUUAGUUGAGAACCGUGCUGUGGGAUCCAUUCACUAUCCAGAUAAAGGAAAGAAGGGACCAGCAGGUUACGUUGCAUAUGCAGCGUAUGAUGAUGAUGAGGAAUUGCUGUUAGAGCAAUGUGCUCAAGACGGUGCGACAGUAUUUCACUUAUAG